UUAAGGCAACUGGCAGAGUGGCGGCUUCGCCAGAGCUCAGGAGCUGCCCCCGCCCCUGAGCGGCGGAGUUCUGGCCGGCCUUGAAAGACCCCCGGAGCCAUCGCCCCACCCCAUUCUCAUCUUAAUGCCCUCCACCUUUGAGGGGACAUUUCAACCUUGGAGAGAGGAGGUCUUGCCCUUAACCCCUCAUCCCUUGCCCCCAAGAGGUGAGACUCUUAUAGAAACCUUGGAAGGAAACAAGAUGCCAGGCCUAUCCGUGCUUGGAGAUCCUACAGACAAGGCCACAAGAGGGACAAUGCCAGACAAGGGCUAGGCAACCCCACCUCCGUACCAGCUGUCUCUUCUUCCCCAGCAACAUCCAGAUCUUAGGUGGGUUUUCUGGACCAGUGGCCUUUCUGGACAAGCUUCUGACCCCAUGGACUCCAUGGCCAGGAUGCUACUUACAAACGUCUGCUUCCAUUGAAGACUUCUUGCAGCCCACCAGCUCUCUGGAACAUUCUGGAGUCAAACCUCUCCUCAACUGCCUGCAAAUGCCACUUGGCUUCUGGAUGGAAAUGUGGCCUGCUGGGCACUGGCAGGAAUCCUCAGAACCAUGUGGACCCAGCCCCUUGGACCCUUUGCCCAGUCCUGAUGACACCUGACAGAGGACACCAUGAUGUAUUGGCCAUCUUGAGAUGGACAACCAGACGUUCUGGACCAGGGUUGGGGAGCCAGAGUGGAUCUGAACUAGAUUAACAUUUGGGGUUCUGGGUGUAGCACCUAACCCUGGAACCUUGAAUGGUACUUCCAAGGGGCACCCAUUGCCAGGGCCAAGCCUACAAUGCACAAAGGGGUAAACUGAGGCAGUCUUCAAAGAGACAUCGUUUGCCAAGUUCACAAGGCAAAGCAGUAUAUUUGUUGCUGAGAUUACAAUCCAGAACAUUGGCUCCUGACUCCAGAGGCCAGCCUUUGAUUGACACACAAGGUCACUGCUCUAUGUGAGCCAAAGAUGUGUUUCAGGAUCUACUGUCUCCAACUUGGCUGUGGCUCUUGGGUUACUUCAUUCUGCACCAGCCUUCAGUCACCCAAGAGAGAUGUCCUCAAAGGAGCGCCCUCUUCCAUUGGGCCUCUGAGAGUCUCUGAAAGUGGGUUUUUGGGCUAGACUGUGGGGUCCAUCUAUGGCUGCCUGAGGGACCAAGCAGAGAGGAUCUUUUUCCUUCCACAAGACUGAAGUUAAGGAAGCAGAGACAGUAGUUACUUCAGGCUCAGGCUGGGCAGACCACCCUCGGGAUAAGCAGGGUCCUGUUUUGUGCAUUUUGGACCACAUCAGACUCCUCCAAUGGCAGACCAUGGCAAAUCUGAUUGGCAAGACAAUAUUCAGCACCACGGACAGUAGCCGCCAUACCCGCGCUGUCAUAGCCGGGCUGCUCGAACUGCUUGGAAGGGAGACUCGCUGGACCCGGGAGAGAGACACAACUUAGAUACCAAGAAUGUCUCCUAGCCAAGGCUUAAAGCAUCUGCCUGUGAGGAAGAAAGGCUAGGGAUGAGCCUCAGUACUAGAAUGCUCGUCCAGCAUGCACAAAGCCCUGGUCCCAUCCUCAGUAUUGAGAAGCAAGCAAAUCCACUUGACACAUGAUGGUUUAAGCAGAUGUUUUCAGUCUCUACUAAAAUGGUACAAAACAUCAGGAUAUGGUCUCUACAACCAUGUACUUCUUCUUUCUCCCCCUCCCCCCACUGCCUUUGGCAUCACUGGGGAUUGAACUCAAGCCUUGAGCAUGCUAGAAGUGUGCUCUACCACUAAACCGUAGCCCCAUUCCUGCAGGUAUCCUCUUCCAACACUCCUUCCCCUCACUCCACAUUGCUUGUCUUGCUAUCACCCCUUUCCAAGAGGAAUGGGGGUUUUCUUGACCACAGAAUUUUCUCUCUGGUGUCAAAAUUCAUCUUUACCUCUGUGGCUUUCUACAGCCAGGACUGUCCCUCUCCCCCAAAUUUUUAAAUUGGUCUUCUUUUUUCCGGCCCUAAAAGUGUUUUUACAUGUGCUUACUCUAAAUGAGAUUUCAGGCAAAAAGUUUCCAUAGACUAUUGCUUUCUCCUUCAUGAGGUUGUGGGAUAAAAAAGGGCACCCAUUCCCUCUGUAGAGAGCAAUUGCAUAUAGUGACUAGGAAGGGCACCCUAUGGAGAUAAACUGGACAAAGACAGAUAAUUUAGCCAAAGGUGCAAUUUUUCAGGAGCUUGGGGAGUCCACAGAAGCAAGACAGACUGCCCAACAUUCAAUGGAGGAAGGAAAAAAAAAAAAGGAAACACACACACAGCAAAAAGUGGAAAGAAUGAGGAGCCUUGGCGCUAAAAAUGGAGCAAGAACCGGAGGGAGAUGGGAAGGGGAGCCUGGCAGAAAAUAAGGGUCUUGGGUAGGUGCAGUAGUCACGGAAGGCCCAGCAGACCCUGGUUUCUUGGCUGCCUCCCCCUCUUCCCCGCUGAAGCGGUGGGGGGAGCUCUCCCGAGCAGUGCGGAGGCCGCUAGGCCCCGCCCGCCGCCGCCGCAGCCGCAGCCGCCGGAGGAUUCCUGUCCUAAUAUGGAGCUGGGAUUCCCCCAGCCCCGCCCCCGCCCCCAGCCCGCCGGAGAGACUGGGGCUGGCAAGAGGGCGGGAGAACAGCUCGCCUUGGGGACUGGCAAGCUGGAGAGGGUGCGGGGAGGCCCAAAUGCAGACCCAGAUCCUCACCAGGCCCUGGGUCCUUGCCUCAGUUUCCCCCCACAAAUGGCUAAGGUUAACUGAUAAAGGAAUGAAGAAUCACUGCAGAUCACAGAGGUGAUGUUUGUAUUCCUGUGUUGCCCGGGUUAUAUGAUCAAGGCCGAAUUCAGUUGGUCUCCUCCCCCCCCCUCCCAGGACCACCAUUUCACUCUAUCCUAGAGAUUUAGACCUUCAGGCCAGGGCUUGGAGGGGAGGAGGGGAUUAUUUAUUUGAAAGUGCUAAGGGAUUUUCAGAUUGAAUAGACCCUAGAAAAGACCCCCAGAUGUGAUCUAACCCCUUCCCCCAAACCAAGGAAAGUUUCUCAUGUGACUUUGACCUUUGCCUGGCAGAUAGGGGCAAAUUCUCAGAGGACCCUUCACCUACCUAUUCUUUGCCUCCUUAGAAAACUCAGUGUUGGUAUCAGCCCACCCUUGGCCUUCUACAAACUCUCUUGCCAAGGUCUUCAGACCACCCUAACCCGGGCACUAUCCCUCCUCCCAAUAGAACACAAUAGGAAUUCUGGGUCCCUGCACUCCCUGCCUGGCUCUGCACAGAUCUCGCCAGCCGGCCCCCUCCGCAGCCUUCUUCUCCCCCCCCUCCUCCGCCCCCUCCCUCUCCUGUUCGACGUCACAAGAUGACGUAGGAAGCCAGGGAGGGAGGAGGAGCGCCCCCCCUCCCCAGCCAGUGGCUCCCGCUGCAGCUUGCUUUAGCCCAGCCUCCCGCCUCCCGCUCCCCCCCCCCGUCUCUAAAACGAGCCCCCCACGCCUGCCAGGAGCUAUAUAAGGCAGAUCGAGGCAGGCGAGGGGGGCAGCGCUGCCGAGCGGAGCCCAGGAGUGGAGCGGGAGCGAGCGAGAGCCUGAGCGAAAGACCGGGAAGCAAGGAAGAAGCCUCCGGUGCAUCGGGACAGGAUCGCAGGUGUUCGGGAGCCGGAGCCGGAGCUCCACAGCCGGCAGUCAUGUACCGAUCCACCAAGGGCGCCUCCAAGGCGCGCCGCGACCAGAUCAACGCCGAGAUCCGGAACCUCAAGGAACUGCUGCCGUUGGCUGAAGCGGACAAGGUCCGGCUAUCCUACCUGCACAUUAUGAGUCUUGCCUGCAUCUACACUCGCAAGGGUGUCUUCUUUGCUGGAGGCACUCCUCUGGCUGGCCCCACGGGGCUUCUCUCAGCUCAAGAGCUUGAAGACAUUGUGGCAGCACUACCUGGAUUUCUGCUUGUGUUCACAGCUGAGGGAAAAUUGCUAUACCUGUCUGAAAGUGUGAGCGAGCAUCUGGGCCAUUCUAUGGUGGACCUGGUUGCCCAGGGUGACAGUAUCUACGACAUCAUUGACCCUGCUGACCAUCUCACUGUUCGCCAGCAGCUCACCAUGCCCUCCGCUCUGGAUGCUGAUCGUCUUUUCCGUUGCCGAUUCAACACCUCCAAGUCCCUCCGGCGCCAGAGUGCAGGCAACAAACUGGUGCUUAUUCGAGGUCGAUUCCAUGCUCACCCACCUGGAGCCUACUGGGCAGGAAACCCCGUGUUCACAGCUUUCUGUGCCCCACUGGAGCCAAGACCCCGCCCUGGCCCUGGCCCUGGCCCUGGCCCUGGUCCUGCUUCACUCUUCCUGGCCAUGUUCCAGAGCCGGCAUGCUAAGGACCUAGCCCUACUGGACAUCUCUGAAAGUGUCCUAAUCUACCUGGGCUUUGAGCGCAGCGAACUGCUCUGUAAGUCAUGGUAUGGACUGCUACACCCUGAGGACCUGGCCCACGCUUCUUCUCAACACUACCGCCUGUUGGCUGAAAAUGGAGAUAUCCAGGCAGAAAUGGUAGUGAGACUUCAAGCCAAGCACGGAGGCUGGGCAUGGAUUUACUGCAUGCUGUACUCAGAAGGUCCAGAAGGUCCUAUUACUGCCAAUAACUACCCUAUCAGUGACACGGAAGCCUGGAGCCUCCGCCAGCAGCUAAACUCUGAAGACACCCAGGCUGCGUAUGUCCUAGGAACCCCAGCCGUCCUACCCUCAUUCCCUGAGAAUGUCUUCUCCCAGGAGCAGUGUUCUAACCCACUCUUUAUGCCAGCUCUGGGACGUUCCAGAAGCACUACCUUCCCCAGGGCACCUGAACUAGGUGUGAUCUCAACAGCAGAAGAGCUUCCCCAACCCUCCAAAGAACUGGACUUCAAUUACCUGCCAUUCCCUUCGAGGCCUGAGCCUUCUCUCCAAGCAGACCUGAGCAAAGAUUUGGUGUGUACUCCACCUUACACACCCCAUCAGCCAGGAGGCUGUGCUUUCCUCUUCAGUCUCCACGAACCAUUCCAGACUCACUUGCCCACUCCAUCCAGCUCUCUUCAAGAACAGCUGACGCCAAGCACCGUGACUUUCUCUGACCAGUUGACACCCAGCAGUGCAACCUUCCCAGACCCACUAACCAGUUCACUACAAGGACAGUUGAGCGAAACCUCAGCCAGAAGCUAUGAAGACCAAUUGACUCCAUGCACUUCUACCUUCCCAGACCAGCUGCUUCCCAGCACUGCCACAUUCCCAGAACCUCUGGGGAGUCCCACCCAUGAGCAGCUGACUCCUCCCAGCACCGCAUUCCAAGCACACCUGAACAGUCCCAGCCAAACUUUCCCAGAGCAACUGAGCCCCAAUCCUACCAAGACUUACUUCACCCAGGAGGGAUGCAGUUUUCUCUAUGAGAAGUUGCCCCCAAGUCCUAGCAGCCCUGGUAAUGGGGACUGCACACUCCUGGCCCUAGCUCAGCUCCGGGGCCCCCUCUCUGUGGAUGUUCCCCUGGUGCCUGAAGGCCUGCUCACACCUGAGGCCUCUCCAGUCAAGCAAAGUUUCUUCCAGUACUCUGAGAAAGAGCAAAAUGAGAUAGAUCGUCUCAUCCAGCAGAUCAGCCAGUUGGCUCAGGGCAUGGACAGACCCUUUUCAGCUGAGGCUGGCACCGGGGGGCUGGAGUCACUAGGAGGGCUGGAGCCUCUGAAUCCCAACUUGUCCCUAUCAGGGGCUGGACCCCCUGUGCUUAGCCUGGAUCUGAAGCCCUGGAAAUGCCAGGAGCUGGACUUCCUGGUUGACCCUGACAAUUUAUUCCUGGAAGAGACGCCAGUGGAAGACAUCUUCAUGGAUCUCUCUACUCCAGACCCCAAUGGGGAAUGGGGCUCAGGAGAUCCUGAGGCAGAGGUCCCAGGAGGGGCCCUGUCACCUUGCAACAACCUGUCCCCAGAAGAUCACAGCUUCCUGGAGGACUUGGCCACCUAUGAAACCGCCUUUGAGACAAGUGUCUCAACAUUCCCCUACGAAGGGUUUGCUGAUGAGUUGCAUCAACUCCAGAGCCAAGUUCAAGACAGCUUCCACGAAGAUGGAAGUGGAGGGGAACCAACGUUUUGAAUAAGUCUGUGACUUAACGUCGUCAAGUAUGGCAUAUUGUCAUCAAGACGUGGAGCCGCUCUCCACCCCCCCGGGACUGUUGGGGGGAUUCUGGGGGCCAGAGGGGGAUAUAUCUGAUUCUCCAGGCCCUGAAGGACUAGGGGGGAGGGGGGAGGGCAAGGGAGGGAGCAACUUUUUAAAAUCAAGGAACUUUGAGCGAUCCCAGUUUCCAUUUCAAUCUGUAUUCACUCGUAGUGAGAUUCCUUGAAUGGAUUUCAAGCGGAGAAUGGGGGAGUCUCACUUCCCCACCGCGCUGUCCCAUGGGUCUGGGCCAGUUCUCCACUCCUAGAGGCCAAGCCACCUCUGGGUUUUGGUGGGGGAAAGGCAUGGCCCACCAGGGGCUAGCCUGUGCCCUGAGGGGCUCUUGACACCCACGUAGAAUUCUCUACAAAGCAGUAACGGGAUUUCAAUUCCGACGGACUCUGCCGCCCUGGCGGCCCUUCCUGUGACUUUUGCGCCCCGCGCCUGGGGUGGGGGGCGCGAAGAGACGCUACAUUCCUUUCCGAUGGAGGAAGGCAGAUCUGCCGUCACACGUGUGCUUGCACGAGUGCGUGUACCUGGUGCAGGACUCACCCGGCCGCCCGACUGCCUGGGCUUGCCCAGGUAGUCACCUCGUGGUGCUGCGGUGACUUUGUAGCCAACUUUAUAAUAAAGUCCAGUUUGCCUUUUUGG